AUGGCCGACCCAUCUGCCGUUGCCGAAGAGCACAUCUCCCUCCCGACCGCCGACCUGGUCAAAAUCCACGAUCAUAUUUCACUGUUGCCGCCGCUGUCUCGGAAGAGCCACGGGCCAGGACUUGUCCUCGUGCUGCCGACGAAUGCGCCACGCUACACGAAUGGCGGCGUUGUUUGCGAGGAUGGCAUCCCACCUCCACUGCUAAAGUGGGCGGAAGAAGGAUUUGCGGUGGUGGAGGUUCGAGGAGAAGAAUUCACUCAGGGCUCAACAACGACAGCGACGGAGAUCCUCGAAAAAGCUGUCGCUGCGCUUGAGGAGUGUGAGAAGUGCGAUGUGAACGAUGGAAUUGGGAUCGUCGUCUACGACACCGCUCUCUGGAAUGAGUUUGCCCGCAGUGCAGCUAUCGGGCCCAAGAUUGCGGCGGCUGUCAUCUACGGCACGGCGGGGGACUUGGUCACUCCAGUCGCGAUACCCAGACUCUGUCAUUUCGCUGGACAUGAAAAGCCAGGUUCGCACCCAGAGGCCAAGAUAUACACCUACCCGACGGCCAAGUCGCCCAAGUUCGUGAUACCAGGGCAGCUGGAAUUCGAUGGCACCCAGGAAGCCGUCGCGCACACUCGAAACCUCACGUUCCUGAAGAAGUACAUCCGCGGCUUGGACUUUGACCUGGAAGCCAUCUGGGAGGAGCACACGUACUUUGAAUUUGCGGAGCGCUCGGUACCCAAGACCAUGGAAACUAUGGUGCAAGAGCCCUAUGUCAACCAUAUCACCACGAUGACCGGUGGCAUCGGUAGAACAAGCCUGACAAACUUUUACCGCAACCACUUCAUCCCCAAGAACCCCAAAGACAUGGAGCUCCUGCUCGUGAGUCGGACCAUCGGCAUCGAUCGCGUCUGUGACGAGUUUGUUGCCAAGUUUACGCACGACAUGGAAAUCGACUGGUUAGCCCCCGGCAUCCCGCCCACGGGACGAAAAGUCGAGCUCCCCUGCACAUCUGUCGUCUGCGUGCGCGGCGACCGCCUCUACCACGAACACAUCGCGUGGGACCAGGCCUCGCUGCUGAUCCAGCUGGGCCUCAUGCCCGAAUACCUCCCGUACCCGUAUGCGCUCCCGGACGGCUCGAAACCGGCACCGGGCAAAAAGUUCGAGUACCGCGUGCCCGCGGCCGGCGUGGAGACGUCGGUCAAGAUGCUCGACAAGAACGGAAUCCCGUCGAAUGGAAUGUUUGCAUACAAGGUCCGAGAGGUCGACGCUUAA